AAAAAAGAGAGAGAGAGAGAGAGAGAUGGGUUGGUGUGGUUUAGCCUCAUUUUUUUUGUUGUUGUUGUUGUUGUUUGGGGACAUAGUGAUGCUGAGGGUGGCUUGUGGAGAAGGUAAGCAGCAUGAUUAUGGGGAUGCUUUGGCGAAGAGCAUUUUAUUUUUUGAAGGCCAACGUUCAGGAGAGUUACCUUCUACCCAACGAAUGAAUUGGAGGAAAAACUCUGCUCUCCAGGAUGGUUUUCAAUUUGGAGUGGAUUUGGUGGGAGGAUACUAUGAUGCAGGUGACAAUGUGAAGUAUAAUUUUCCAAUGGCAUUCUCAACAACAAUGUUGGCUUGGAGUGUGUUGGAGUUUGGGGAGUUUAUGGACUGGGAACUCCAACAUGCCAAUGAAGCAAUCCGUUGGGCAACAGAUUACUUACUUAAAUCCACAAACAUUCAAGGAACUGUCUUUGUUCAAGUUGGUGAUCCUUAUGCCGAUCAUAAUUGCUGGGAAAGGCCUGAGGAUAUGGACACACCUCGAACCGUCUAUAAUGUUACCCAACAACGCCCUGGUUCAGAAGUCGCCGGGGAGACCGCUGCUGCACUUGCUGCUUCUUCCAUUAUCUAUAGAUGGUCUGACCCUUCCUACUCUCAAAAGCUUCUCAGUAGGGCCAUGGAGGUUUUUGAUUUUGCAGACAGAAACAGAGGAUCAUACAAUGAUAGCCUUGGACCAUGGGUUUGUCCUUUCUACUGUGAUUGGAGUGGCUAUGAGGAUGAAUUGCUCUGGGCAGCUGCAUGGUUAUGCAAGGCUUCUAACAACGCAUACUACUGCAACUAUUUGGUAGAGAACAUUCACACAAUGGGAUCCCACCAAGAAAAUAUUACAAAUAAUGAACAAGGUCCUAUUUCAGGUGAAUUUGGGUGGGACAACAAAGAUGCUGGCAUCAAUGUUCUCAUUUCUACUGAUUCACAGAUGAGGAACAAUGAAUCCCUCGUCAAUACAGCCAAUUGGAAUGCUGACAAUUUCGUCUGCGGAAUACUUCCAGAAUCACCAACAAAAAUUGUCAAUUACUCCCCAGGUGGGCUUCUAUUCAAACCAGGAGGAAGCAACUUGCAACACACAACUGCCAUUUCAUUUCUCCUCCUUGUUUAUGCUAAUCAAUUGAACCAGACCAAUGCUGUUGUCAAGUGUGGUAACAUCACUGCGAAUUCGGAUCGGCUCAUAUCACUUGUCAAAAGCCAGGUGGAUUACAUACUGGGUAACAAUCCAAUGAAUAUGUCAUACAUGGUAGGAUAUGGGGAGAAAUUUCCAGAGAAGAUACAUCACAGAGGUUCUUCUUUACCAUCAAUGGAUCAACAUCCAGAUCACAUCGACUGCAAAGGAGGGACUCCAUAUUUCAUUAGUGAAAACCCUAAUCCCAAUUGGUUGAUAGGAGCUGUAGUUGGAGGACCUUACCCUAAUGAUACAUACCCUGAUUCUCGAUACUUGUUUGUACAAUCAGAGCCCACCACAUACAUUAAUGCACCUUUUGUGGGUGUAUUAGCCUUCUUCAAAGCUCACAUAAAUAUUAAUUAAUGUAAUGGAUUUGCUCCGACCUUUCUUUCUU